AUGUUUAAAAGAGGAAGAAAUGAUCCUUUAGAAUUAUUAAAAGAUCAUGUUAUUCAUCAUAAAUAAAUUAAAUUGAAAAGCAAAAAUACAGACCAUAGACUAAUUUUUGAAAAUAAUAUUGAAUUUAAAUGUUCUACUGUAAUAAAGUUAUGAUUAUUAAAAGGAAACAGCAUGGAAGUCAAAAUCUGGAUAAGAAUAUACACUAGGAGCAUUGUGGUGUUUUCUAGAUUGUUAUUAAUAGGGGUUAGAAUAAAAGAUAUAUAGAUAAAAAGCAUUUGAUCUUAAUUUUGAAUAGGUUUUUAAGGCAGAUAAUUAAGACAUUAUUGAUUAUUUUACUGGCAAAGUAGACUAUACAGAAUGUAUUGAUGCAAAUAAGAAGGCAAAUUUAUAAAAUAAAAAAUCCCACCAAAAAGAUGAGGAUAUUGAAUUUGCUAUUUAAAAAAAAGUUAAGCCUGAUUCUGAGAAGGAAGUAUAUUUAGGAUAUGAAUUUAGCCACUUUCUGAAAAAGAUUUUAAUCUAAAGGUGUUUGAUGAAAUUUUGAGAUUGGAAAAACCAAUUACUACAAGAAAUAAAUUAUUCAGAGUUUAAGAUAGAACUUUUGAUGAUAUUUUAAAAACAGCUUAAAAAGUAUUGAUAAUAAGCGUAGCAUAUUUAGAUCUUUUAAGGUUAAUAUGUAGGAGUUGGAGGAGAUGAAGAAGAAUUAUAGUAAAUUUUAGGAACUAGAAUUCAAGAUGCCAAUAAAGCUAAAUAAUUAUCAAUUGCUAAAUUAUCAUAUUCUGUGUUGAAUGAAUUCAUUAAAUCAAAAGAAAAACCUAUUAUUAUAGUUCCAUAAAUAGCUGAAUUAGGAAACAUUUGUUUAAGGAAUGUUUAACAAUUUUUAGAAUAAGGGUAAUAUUUAGAUCCAAAUGGAUUAAAAUUCACAAAUGAAUCUAGAUCUGUUUAAAUUAAAGUGAAAUUAAGAUUAACUGACAUGUAAAGAUUAUUAUAUUAUUUUUAGUGAAUAAUAAUUUAUAAUAUUGGAUACUCCUAAUACAAUAACAAAUUGGAAAAGAGUGGUUGCUGUAUUUUUAAGAGGAUCUACUUAUGAAUUGAAACAAUUCCCAGAUUAAAAUCCAAAUUAAUUAUUUAAAAAGUAAUUUGAUCGACUAUAUCAAACUUUAGUAUAAGAGGUUAUCAUAUGAAGUUUGAGGAAGAAAAAUUGAAAGAUUUGAUUAAAUAAUGGAAUAUAAAGGUUUUGGAAUUACACAGAAGUAAAAGGUACCAAGAUAUUGAUGUUGUAAAUGCUUUUUGGGAAGACCUUGAAGCUUUUCUUUUAAGGCCUGCUAAGUUAUCAUCAUAAUAAUGA